UCAGGAUACACUGCCGGUAUUCCCAAGGAGCCCCGAGACAUAACCAUGAGGGACUGCUCUGCAAAUCCUCCGUAUAUUCCACCCACUGCAAAGAUUUCUACAGAAGACCUGAACAAACUCCGCCAGGAAAUGAGAAACCACAACAUCAGCGCUUACAUCAUCCCUCCGACUGACCCCCACCUGGGGGGGUACACUGCAGACCGGGAAAAACGAAGACAAUGGCUGACCGGAUUCAGUGGAUCUUCAGGCCCAGCUGCAGUGACUUUAACAAGAGCAGCCAUGUUCACUGACAGCCGGUACUGGACACAGGCCGAACGCCAGAUGGACUGCAACUGGGAGCUGCAAAAGUCUGUGUCACCUUCGGAUGUUGUGUCCUGGAUCCUGGAAGAGGUCAACAUUGGAGCAGUAGUUGGUUUUGAUCCUUUCCGCUUGUCUAUCAGUGAAUGGGAGUCCUACAACACAGCAUUUGAAGGUUCUGGCAGGACUCUGCACUCAAUAACCACCAAUCUGGUGGACAUUGUGUGGGGGAACCAGCGACCCCUUCUGCCUGAAGGUGAAAUCUACUCAGUACCUAAUGACUUUGUGGGCAGCACUUGGCAGGAAAAGGUGAACAACAUUCGGAAUCAGAUGGAUAAACACACCCAGAAGCCAACCGCCGUCUUUCUUUCCGCUCUGGAGGAAACUGCGUGGCUUUUCAAUCUCCGAGGACAGGACAUACCAAACAAUCCGUACUUCUACUCCUACACCAUGCUGACUAAGAACUCCAUCAGUUUGUUUAUGAAUGUCAGCCGUAUCACCAACACCAUCCGCGAUUACUUGAACAGCAACUGUCCCGGGUCCACGUGCGUCCAGAUUUUGGAGUAUGAUAAUGUCCGGGACACCAUCAUAGACUAUGUGAGAGGCGAUGUGAAAGUUUGGAUUGGAUCACAGUACACCAAUUACGGAGUGUAUGAAAUUAUACCCAAGACUAAACUUCUAUCGGAAGGUUUUUCUCCAGUUAUGAUGACAAAAGCUGUGAAAACCGAGAAGGAGCAGAGGCUAAUGAAGAACUGUCAUAUCCGUGAUGCCGUACCGGUCAUUGAGUAUUUGGCCUGGUUGGAGAAAACUGUCCCUUCUAAUACAGUGACGGAACUGACCGGCGCAAGUUACGUCGAUGGGCGCCGAGAGAAGCAGGAGCAUUUCAAGGGUCCCAGUUUUGGCACCAUCUCUGCCAGUGGGUUGAAUGCCGCCCUUCCACAUUACAGGUCAACUAAUGAGACCAACCGGCCGCUGAGAGUAAAUGAAAUCUACUUGGUAGAUUCCGGGGGACAGUACUUCGAUGGAACAACGGACAUUACAAGGACUGUUCACUGGGGGACACCCACCGCCUUUGAAAAGGAAGCCUACACUCGGGUCCUGAUAGGAAAUAUUGAGCUGAGCGAACUUGUAUUCCCGCCAAGAGCGCUAGGGUUUAACAUAGAAUCGAUAGCCAGACGUGCCCUGUGGGAAGCAGGUCUGGAUUUUGGACAUGGAACAGGACACGGCAUUGGAAAUUUCUUUUCUGUUCACGAAUGGCCGACAGGACUGCGGGCCGGGAAUGCUGCUUUUGCCAAAGGAAUGUUCACAUCAAUCGAACCGGGCUACUACCAUGAAGGACUUUUUGGGAUUCGGAUCGAGGACAUUGCAGUGGUCGUAGAAGCGGAUACAACGCACACAUUUGGAGGAGAGAAAUAUCUGACUUUUGAGAAGGUGACUUUAGUCCCAUAUGACCGAAAUCUGAUUGACACCAGUCUAUUGACAGAACUGCACCUUAAGCAUGUAGAAAAACACUACAAGAAGAUCAGAGAGAUCAUGCUGCCGGAACUUCAGAGACAAGGCCGCAAUGAGGAGUACAGGUGGCUGGAGAAGAACACGGAGCCCCUGUCCCCGGGGACCAUUGUCACGGCCUCGUUGGGUUUACUGUCGGCAUCGCUCAUUGUCAGUGUGUUCCUCCAGCAGACGGGAGCCUGACACCAAUCGCCAACCACC